AUGGCAGAGCCUUCGCUGCCCCUCUCCUUCCUCUGCCUCCUCGCCUUGUCCUCUGCCUGCUACAUCCAGAACUGCCCCCGGGGCGGGAAGCGUGCGCUGGCCGACACAGCCCUCCGACAGUGCAUGCCCUGCGGCCCUGGGAACAGAGGGAACUGCUUCGGCCCUGGGAUCUGCUGUGGCACAGAGCUUGGCUGUUACCUGGGCACGGCGGAGACGCGGCGCUGCGCCGAGGAGGACUAUCUGCCCUCACCCUGCCAGGCUGGAGGGCAGCCCUGUGGCUCCGGGGGCCGCUGUGCCGCGCCCGGAAUCUGCUGCACUGCUGAGACCUGUGCGAUGGACGCAGACUGCCUGGACGAGGGCAGCGAUGGAGACCAGGAGGCAGCAGAGAAGAAUCUGACAGUGCUAGAUGGCUCGGCUGGAGAUCUGCUCCUCAAGCUCAUGCACUUGGCAAACCGGCGGCAGCAGCAGCAGGGCAAGAACCCCCUCCUCUGA